GAGGAAGGAGCCUAAGACCCAUGAGGCGAAGACCCUUAUUAUUCCUGCUGGCCCUGACAAUUGGACAUUUCCUCCGGGGGUCAAGGGGCGCCUGCCUAGCAGCAUGAUUGGAGCUUUGCUUAGGAAGUUCUGGCCGGGCAAGUACUAUCCCCUCGGGACUGUCCCAGCUGGCGAGAAGAAGCUAGCCACUACUUGGACGGACUAUGAGAGUGCCCCUGGCGUAGGCUUCCCGACGGCUGCUGAGGCCGUGAUGAGAAAGUUUUGGUGUUUUUAUCGUGUGGCGCCCGAGGUUGAGGAGACGGCCGCGAACAUGACUUUGCGGGCGACUUGUGAGAGGUUGACACCGCAGGUGUGGUACAACCAAAGGAUCACGUCCGCGGGUCACUUCUGGGCACAGAGAGGCGAGAGGGUCCAGAAGCCGGACAUUGUCGGUAAGAAUGCUAAGGCCGAGUACGAGAUGACGGUGGAGGACUACAUAGGGCCGAGUUAG